UGGUAUAUUAUGUCGAGCCGAACCGAACACAAUUGAUGGCUGGCCACAGUUAGCGCACAGCCGCCGACCAGAUCGGGGGGCAGAUCAACGAAAGUCAUCAACAGGCCUUUCCUACCAACUAGAGCUUAGCUAGAGGGGCUCUCUUCAACCCGCCGUAGCAGCCAGCCACCGUACGAAAGCGAUGGGCAAGGAAAAGGUUCUGCUAGCCUAUUCGGGCGGUUUGGAUACGAGCUGCAUCCUGAAGUGGUUGCUCGAGCAAGACUACGAUGUGAUCUGCUUUAUGGCGGACGUUGGCCAAACGGAGGACUUUGCAGCGGCCCGGGAGAAGGCCCUCAAAAUCGGUGCCACCGAUGUGGUGGUGAAGGACAUGAAGGAUUUCUUCGUGGAAAAGUUCGUGUGGCCCGCGGUGCAGAUGGGUUUAAUUUACGAGGAUCGCUACCUGCUCGGCACCUCCCUGGCACGGCCCUGCAUCUCCAAGGGGCUGAUGGACGUGGCGGCCCAGCGCGGUUGCAGCUACAUAUCGCACGGCGCCACCGGCAAAGGCAACGAUCAGAUACGCUUCGAGCUGAGCUGUUACGCGCUGAAUCCGACGAUUCGCGUUAUCGCACCGUGGCGCAUGGAAACGUUCUGCGAACGCUUUCAGGGCCGGUCCGAUCUGCUCGAGUAUGCGAAGCGGGCAAACAUACCGGUGAGUGCCACCCCGAAAGCGCCCUGGUCGAUGGACGCUAACAUAAUGCACAUCAGCUACGAAUCGGGCAUCCUGGAGGACCCGUCCGUCGCCGCACCGGACGAGAUCUAUCAGCUAACGCAAUCGCCGUCCCGUGCGCCGGACACAUCGACCGUGGCCGAGAUCGUGUUUAAGGCGGGGCUGCCGGUACGCGUCACGGAGCUCGUCAGCGGCCGAACGAUGGAGAAACCGUUGGAUAUACUGGCCUUCCUGAACAAGGCCGGCGGUGAGCACGGUGUGGGGCGUAUCGAUAUCGUGGAAAAUCGGUACAUUGGGCUAAAGUCGCGCGGUGUUUACGAAACGCCCGGCGUAACGGUGCUGCACUGUGCCCAUCGGGAUCUGGAGAUUUAUUGCUUGGAUCGUGAGGUGCUGCGGGUGAAAAAGUAUCUGGCCGAUCGGAUGGCGGACUACGUGUACAACGGGUACUGGUACGCGCCGGAAGCUGAGUACGUGCGCAAGUGCAUCAUCGAAUCGCAAAAGCACGUGUCCGGGAAGGUUGUGGUGGAAAUGUUUAAGGGGCAUGUAAUGGUCACAUCCCGGGAGUCGAUAAAUUCCGUAUACAACCAAGAACUGGCCUCGAUGGAGGUGCAUGGUAACUUUUCGCCCUAUUCAUCGACCGGUUUCAUCGAGAUAAAUGCGGUUCGAUUGCGAGAACAUCAUCGAGUGUUUGGAACGGCCAACAUGACCAAACAUUUCUCGCGCACGGAAUCGGAUAUGAAACUUAUUUAAAGUAUCGGUUCGCCCUGGGAUAAAAUGUAAUCGGAUAUGGACCAAUUAUGUUGUCUGCCAAUAAAACAGUCACAACUCGUAACUCAGCAAA